UUUUACUGGUUAUAAAUGCCAAACUUAUCUAAUGUAUUGUUCGUGUUUCAUCUUUUAACAUUCUGUUUGAUAUAUUGGACCAACAACUUCCUUCCACAUUUUCAGGGAUCUGGUAUAUUGUGGAACAAGUAUGAUUUUCCUGUAUUCUUGCUCUCGGAGAGUAGUACGAAGACCAUCCAAGAGGUUUCUGAAGAAAUUUUGAAGAGACAGAGAUCUUAUACCACUGUUGUGGCUGAGUUUGAUCUUGUGAUGCAGACAGUGAAAGCUGGAACUCGUGAUUCAGAAUCUUGUUUGAAAGAGGAGACCUGCCUUCCAUUAGGGGGAUACAGUGUUUGGUCAUCACUUCCUCCGCUUAAUAUCUCCUUCUCAGAUCAGGGUAAGCCUAUUAUAUUGACUGUGGCGUCAAUGGAUUCGGCUUCAUUUUUCUGUGACAAAAGCCUUGGUGCAGACUCCCCAAUAUCAGGCAUGAUUGCACUCUUGGCAGCGGUCGAUGCACUAUCACAUUUGGAGGCUUUCCAUGACCUUAAUAAACAGUAUAUGGAUUUUCAAUACGUCUUUAGACAUGUAAGUGGGGCCUCUCCUUAUUACACUUGUCCCUCUUAG